UCCAGCUCCAAAAUGGCGGCCGCCGCUGGGGGGCUUCUGCCGGCCGGUAGUGCUCCGCGCUGCUGAGCCAGCAUCGGCUUUUCUACCUCUUGAACCUGGAUUCGCUUAGGGGUUGGGAAGGGCAGUGGACGGCGUUGGGGGAGGCCUGACGAGGCAAGUGAGGGCGGGAGAAAGGAGUAAACCUCUGGCGGGGGAAGGCGGCGUCACUGGCCCUCCGGGAGCGCCGGGCCCCGACUCCGACCCGGUCUCCCCCGAGGACUCGCCCCCGCCGCUUCGGCUGCGACUGUCCCGGUCGUUCCUGGCAGAAGUGGUCAGCGAGGGAAAGAGAAGUGACUUCUCCAUGGGUUUCAAGCUCCCAGCUGUUUUGCGGCAGCUCAUUGAUAAAGAACUCUUCAGAAUUCCUGGUGUUUCAUCAUAUAUACGACUGAGAUAUCAACCCUUCUAGCUUGCUGUUUCUGGACCAAAAAAAAAUGACGUCUAUUAUCAAGUUAACUACCCUUUCUGGGGUCCAAGAAGAAUCUGCCCUUUGCUAUCUUCUCCAAGUUGAUGAGUUUAGAUUUUUAUUGGACUGUGGCUGGGAUGAGCACUUUUCUAUGGAUAUUAUAGAUUCCCUGAGGAAGCACGUUCACCAGAUUGAUGCAGUACUGUUGUCUCACCCUGAUCCUCUCCACCUUGGUGCCCUCCCAUAUGCUGUCGGAAAGUUGGGUCUGAACUGUGCUAUCUAUGCAACCAUUCCUGUUUAUAAAAUGGGACAGAUGUUCAUGUAUGAUCUUUAUCAGUCUCGACACAAUACGGAAGAUUUUACACUCUUUACAUUAGAUGAUGUGGAUGCAGCCUUUGAUAAAAUACAGCAGCUAAAAUUCUCUCAGAUUGUGAAUUUGAAAGGUAAAGGACAUGGCCUGUCUAUCACACCUCUGCCAGCUGGUCAUAUGAUAGGUGGAACAAUAUGGAAAAUAGUCAAAGAUGGAGAAGAAGAAAUUGUUUAUGCAGUUGACUUCAACCACAAGAGGGAGAUCCAUUUAAAUGGAUGUUCCCUGGAAAUGCUAAGCAGGCCUUCCUUACUUAUCACAGAUUCAUUCAAUGCUACAUAUGUACAGCCUAGAAGAAAACAGAGAGAUGAGCAGCUUCUGACAAAUGUCCUGGAAACACUUCGAGGUGAUGGAAAUGUGUUAAUAGCAGUGGACACAGCAGGCAGAGUUUUGGAACUUGCUCAACUUCUUGAUCAGAUUUGGAGGACUAAAGAUGCAGGACUGGGUGUUUACUCAUUGGCACUCCUAAAUAAUGUCAGUUACAAUGUGGUAGAGUUUUCUAAAUCCCAGGUAGAAUGGAUGAGUGAUAAAUUGAUGAGAUGUUUUGAAGACAAAAGAAAUAAUCCAUUUCAGUUUCGCCAUCUCUCUUUAUGUCAUGGUCUUUCUGACUUGGCCCGAGUACCUAGCCCUAAAGUUGUACUUGCCAGCCAACCUGACCUGGAAUGUGGAUUUUCAAGGGAUCUCUUUAUUCAGUGGUGUCAGGAUCCUAAAAACUCAAUCAUUCUAACUUACAGAACUACUCCUGGGACUUUAGCACGUUUCCUAAUUGAUAAUCCUUCUGAAAAAAUUACAGAAAUAGAGUUGAGGAAACGUGUGAAGCUUGAAGGGAAAGAACUUGAGGAAUACUUGGAAAAAGAGAAACUAAAGAAAGAAGCUGCCAAAAAGCUUGAGCAGUCAAAAGAGGCAGAUAUAGAUUCCAGUGAUGAGAGUGACAUUGAGGAAGAUAUUGACCAGCCAUCAGCUCAUAAGACGAAGCAUGACUUGAUGAUGAAAGGUGAAGGCAGUCGUAAAGGAAGUUUUUUCAAACAGGCAAAAAAGUCCUAUCCUAUGUUUCCUGCCCCAGAAGAAAGAAUUAAAUGGGAUGAAUAUGGAGAGAUUAUCAAACCAGAGGAUUUCUUGGUGCCAGAGCUUCAAGCUACUGAAGAAGAAAAAAGCAAAUUAGAAUCUGGUUUGACAAAUGGAGAUGAACCCAUGGAUCAGGAUUUAUCUGAUGUUCCUACUAAAUGUAUUUCUACAACAGAAUCUAUUGAAAUAAAAGCCCGGGUUACCUACAUAGACUAUGAAGGACGCUCUGAUGGGGAUUCCAUUAAAAAAAUCAUUAAUCAGAUGAAACCACGACAGCUGAUCAUCGUCCAUGGCCCACCAGAGGCCAGUCAGGAUCUGGCAGAGUGCUGUCGCGCCUUUGGUGGGAAAGAUAUUAAAGUGUACAUGCCAAAGCUGCAUGAAACAGUUGAUGCCACGAGUGAAACUCACAUCUACCAGGUGAGAUUAAAAGACUCACUUGUCAGCUCUCUUCAGUUUUGUAAGGCAAAAGAUGCUGAAUUAGCUUGGAUAGAUGGUGUCUUAGAUAUGAGAGUUUCCAAAGUGGACACAGGGGUUAUUUUAGAAGAAGGAGAACUAAAGGAUGAUGGAGAAGACUCAGAGAUGCAAGUGGACGCUCCCUCAGAUUCUAGUGUUAUAGCACAACAAAAGGCCAUGAAAAGUCUGUUCGGAGAUGAUGAAAAAGAAACAGGUGAAGAAAGUGAAAUCAUUCCUACUUUGGAACCCUUGCCACCUCAUGAGGUUCCUGGACAUCAGUCAGUUUUUAUGAAUGAACCAAGACUGUCAGACUUCAAGCAAGUUCUCUUACGGGAGGGGAUUCAAGCUGAAUUUGUAGGAGGUGUACUUGUUUGCAACAAUCAAGUAGCAGUCCGCAGAACGGAAACUGGACGCAUUGGAUUAGAAGGCUGCCUUUGUCAAGAUUUUUAUAGGAUAAGAGACCUUUUAUAUGAACAAUAUGCUAUUGUGUAAAAGACAUGAUGUCAAGAAGGAUCUGCUUGACCUUUCUAAGAAAAAGGGAUUCUUAUCUUACUUUGAGCUUUUGAUGUUUUGUUUUGUAACAUACAGAAAGAAUCUGCCAGAAAAACUUACAUGUAUUAGAUUUUUAAAAAUAUAAAUAGAGAACAUUUUGCAAAUGCUCAAAUGAGCAUUCUAUCUUUUGGCUUUCAGAGUGACAGAGCUCCUAACAGGUGUAUAGGCCCGAGAGUUGAAGGUGAUUGGUUUUCUCUACAGACUCCUUGUUCUAGAAGGGCUUUUUACUUGAAUAAAACAAUGCAACUUAGCAAACCAAUUCAUGGCCUUAGAGAAACAUUUUUGCAUGAGUUCUUACAAACUGUUAUAUUUUCUGGAAUGAUAAGUGAGAAUUAUUUAGAAAAGACAUGCUCAAAAAAAAAAAAAAAAAACCUAAACUGAUAGAACAGUUUUUUGAGGUUUAUUUUUAAAAGCAUAUGUGCUCUGACUCUUUCCAGUUUGAAUAUGCAAUUGUUUUCUGCUUAUAUUUCCCAGUGAUUUACUCUAGGGUAAAGUACUACACAUUUGGUUCAGAAAUCAAUUUUUAUUUCUCCUAUAUCUUGUUUUAUCAAGAUUUUGUUGUGGCGUUUCAAUGUAAAUUAUAACACCAUCAUUUGAAUAUACAUAAUUCAAAAGAACUCCUUGAUGCAGUAUAGUCUUAAGGGUUCUGCAUACCUUUUAGAAACAUCUUAGCCAUCAGUUAGGUCCUGUAUUAAACUGUUUAGUGCUCUGUUUUUAAGAAAACAAAUGUUGAACCUCACACUUUUAUGUGGUAACAGUAUAAUUUAAUUAAAAGGUGUAAAUGUUUUCAUCUCUUAAGCUUGCUCUUUCCUAAGGUCACCCAAGCAGUGGUUGGAUUUUAUACACAUUACUACUAAAAUAAUACUGAAGUUGGAUAAGGUUAUCCUUUCUGUGUUUGUGUCUUUCUUGUGACUAACCACCCUGAUAUAGUAUAAACCACUGUGUUCAAGAGUAAAAACAAUAUAUGCAAUUUUCAUUGAACUUAAGGAGUGAAAACCAUGUAAACUAUUGAAACUAUUGUAAUCCAUUAAUGCUUUUUAAGAAGGUAGCUUAAUCAUGGCAGACCUUGAUGUUUAUUUCUCAAAUGGUUAAGCCCUCUUCUUUACACUUAGUUGUUUUUUUUUUUUCUUUGAGACAGACUCAGCCAGGCUGGAAUGCAGUGGUGAGAUUUUGGCUCACUGUAACCUCUUUCUCCAGGGUUCAAGUGAUUCUCCCACCUCAGCCUCCCAAGUAGGUGGGACUAUGGGCACAUGCCACUGCACCUGGCUAAUUUUUAUAUUUUUGGUAGAGACAGGGUUUCACUAUGUUGGCCAGGCUGGUCUCAAACUCCUGACCUCAAGCGAUCCAUCCACCUAGACCUCCCAGAGUGCUGGGAUUACAGGCAUGAAUGACCACAACUGGUCUACCUUUAGAUUUUUGGAAGGAUUGAUAUUCUUAUUUAACUAUGCGUGGAACAACCCAGUAAUAUCAGACUUGACUUACUAUUUCAUUCUCUUUCAGAUGCUUACAAAGCUUCCAUUGUAGAUUAUAGUGUUAAUGCAAAGUUUACAGACUUUUGAUAUGGAAAACCAGAUAUACAAAACAAUGUUACAAAAGGCAGAUAUAAAGAGUAUGUUUUCUUUUUAGUGCUUUGGAAAAUUUUCACUUUAACUCUUAUUACUGUAUAGAUUAAGCCCUGUAGUGCUAUUUAUAUUCCAGGGGAAAGAAAAUCUGAGUUUGUUUUAUGGUUUAAAGCAUCUGGUUUACAUAUUGUAUUGUAAUACUGAUACGGUUUGGCUGUGUCCCCACCAAAUUGAAUUGUGUUAAUAGUUCCCAUAAUCCCUAUGUGUUGUGGGAGGGACCCAGUGGGCGGUAAUUUAAUUAUGGUGGCGGUUACCCUCAUGCUGUUCUUGUGAUGGCGAGUUCUCAUGAGAUCUGAUGGGGUUUUUUUUUUUUUUUUGAGACGGAGUUUCACUCUUGUUGCCCAGGCUGGAGUGCAAUGGCACGAUCUUGGCUCACCACAACCUCUGCCUUGCGGGUUCAAGCAAUUCUCCUGCCUCAGCCUCUUGAGUAGCUGGGAUUACAGGCAUGUGCCACCACGCCCGGCUAAUUUUGUAUUUUUAGUAGAGACGGGGUUUCUCCAUGUUGGUUAGGCUGGUCUCAAACUGUUGACUUCAGAUGGUCCGCCUGCCUCGGCCUCCAAAAGUGCUGCUGGGAUUACAGGCGUGAGCCACAGCACCUAGCCUGAGAUCCGAUGGUUUUAUAAGGGGAUUUCUCCCACUUUGCUCUUCACUUCUUCCUGCUGCCAUGUGAAGAAGGACGUGUUUGCUUCCCCUUCCACUACGAUUGUAAGUUUCAUGAGCCUCCCCAACCUCCCUAAUUGAACUGUGAGUCAAUUAAAACUCUUUACUUUAUAAAUUACCCAGUCUCGGGCAAUUAUUUAUAGCAGUGUGAGAACAGACUAACAUGAAUACCAAUAUUGAAAAAUUGUUUCUUGCCUCACCUUUUUUUUGUCCUAUGAACAGGAAUUAAAUUUUAAAGUAUUGCCUUAAGAUGAUUGUGCUAAAUAAUAGUCACUGCAAGAGCAAUAGUUUUACCUGUUUCUAGAUGACAAUGUUACUAAAAUUUCUCAAAUGAA